GUGGCUUCACCGCGCUUUCACAAAGAGACUCUGCCUUAAACGCAGUAAGAAGACAGAGAGGGAGAGGUACUGCUGUGAAACCAGUCAUGGAUUCCACAUGUUUGAAAAUAGCUGCCCUGGGAAGACCCCUGUAUCCUGGCAUGUUGUAUGAUUGCCGGAGCGACUCCUUUAUUCCAGGUGUAGCAUUAUGGGAUAAGAAUGCAUUGUAUGAUAAUCUCGAUGUUCAUAAGGAGCCUAAAACACAUCUGAAAUUUGCUGCCUCUGACAGUCUCAGUGAAAAGGCAAACCUCCUAGAUAUAAAUGCUUCCCUUAAAGUCAGUUUCCUAAGUGGAUUGGUGGAGGUUGACGGAUCAGCCAAGUACCUGCAGGAUACCAAAUCCUCAGAACAUCAGUCCAGAGUUACCAUGCAGUACAGCCAGACAACAAAAUUUGAACAGCUCACUAUGAAUGAGCUUGGCAAUAUCACCUAUCCACAAGUAUUUAAGCAGAAAACAGCCACGCAUGUAGUUACAGCUGUACAGUAUGGAGCACACAUUUUCAUGGUGUUUGAUUAUACAAGUGCAGAAAAUAAGAGCAAACAGGAAAUUGAAGGAAACCUUCAUGCAGUGGUCAAAAAGAUCCCUACAUUUUCCAUAGAUGGGGAAGCAUAUGCAAAGAUGACAGAAGAUGAACAAAAAAUGGCUGAAAAUAUUAAUGUAAUAUUUUAUGGUGACAUUGAACUUGAAGCAAACCCAACUUCAUACAAAGAAGCUGUAGAAAUAUACAAGAAGGUACCUGCUCUGAUGAAACAACAAGAUAAUGGUGUGCCUCUGACUGUGUGGCUGUAUCCUCUCAAUCUUUUGGAUGAUAAGGCUGCAAAGAUUGUGAGAGAAAUAGGUUCAAGCCAGGUGAAUGAAACAGAAACCUUGCUGGAGGACCUAGGUGAAACAGAGAGAAUAUGCAAUGAUUUAUUCAAAAGACAAACAACAGAUGAUUUUCCUGACCUAAAAGACAGGUUGCUAAAGUUUCAGGAAUUUCACAGAAAUUAUAAAUUUUCGUUCCAGAAGGCAUUGUGCCGAGUGCUGCCAGCUAUUCGCUGUAAGAAAGAUGAAACUGAGGAGAAAGCACUGGGGGACAUCCUGAACAUCCAUUACACGUCACCCUUCAGUGCAAGCAACACAAAAAAAUGGUUAGAUGACAUUACAUCUGAAAUAAAUAUACUGAGCUCCUAUACUAGAGAGUUGAAGCACCUCACAGUUGUGAAAUCAUCAGGAUCACUCAAUUCCAUCUGCCUUGAUCCUGAUGUUGAUGUGGUGGUAUGUUUGUCAUUUACAUCUCUAAAUUAUGAAGACUCUUACCUAACAGCUCUAGAAAACUUUAAGAAAUCUGAAGUAUUUACAAUGUUGAGGCAAACAAAGAGAAGUUUAAUUCAACAAGCAGCACAGCCUUGGUUCACUUCUCCUGAUAUUUCUGCAAGGAUGAGGCAGAAUCUUUCUCUCUUUACGACUUUUUCAGAGGCCAAUAAAAAUGAGAAGAAAAUCAAAUUCAUCAUUGCCUCAAUAUCUGACCCCAGCAAUCCAGGAAUCUCCAUCCGACUUUAUCAGAUUGGCAGUCUAACAGAUCCUAAGUUCCAGCCUGUAUCCAAACCUCCCAAACCUGUGGUGGAGACCAGUGAUGGGAAAGUCACCCUGAAGCUUUCAAAAUCCCCAACUGGAGAGACAGUACACUUCAGAGUUGAAUACAAGAUAAAACCUUCAACUGAUUCAUCAACUAAUGUUGAGGAAUGGACAGUCAUAGACACUUCAGAUACACAGAACACCUUCACACUGACUGGACUAAAGCCAACAGCACAACACUGGGUCCGAUACAGAGCUGUUAGUAAUGUGGGAGUGAGUGAAGCCAGCGACUCUGUCCCCUUCACCAUCAGUGGGAAGCUCAUUGUGACAGUGGACCCAUGGAACUACUCUGUACCCAUCCUCAUUAAUGAACUAAGGACUAAAAUAAAGAACAGUCCUUCUGAUGGGCCAAAUCCAGUCUGCAACCCUAACAAACCAUAUUUGGGAUCGAUCCCUGGAGGCUUGAGACCUGGUAUGGCUUUGUUCUUCAAAGGGGAUGUUCCAAAAGAUUUUAAUCGCUUUGCAAUAAAUUUGCAGACCGGGUCAGAAUACCUUCAUGACAUUGCUUUCCACUUCAACCCCCGUGUGGACUAUGUGGCCCUUAACAGCUGCAGGAAUGGGGCAUGGGAGCAGGAAGAGGGGGCACCAGGAGUUAAAUUUAUCGGUGGAGGAACUUUUGAUGUCAUCAUGGUUAUUAAGCCAGAAUGCUAUGAGGUGAUUAAGGAUGGCGUGGAAUUCUGCACAUUUAAGCACCGUAGACCGUUGAACAAUGUGACUGCAAUUUCCAUUUAUGGACAGGUCCUCAUGAACACCAUUGUCAUCACUGAAGUGGAUGAUGUUAAUCUGAAUGUCAGCAUCACCAGUCCUGCCAACUUUUGAGGAUUCAAAUCUUCUCCAAUAUCAAUGACAUUUAUUUUAUUAUAUUCUGCUCAGUUAUAUCAGAAUUACAUCAGUCUAUGGACAUGAUUUGUUUUUUAUUAAUCAGUAUUUUUUUUAGUACUAAGCAUUCUUAUGAGGAUUUUUGUUUUAUUAUUGUUAGAAAUGCAUACUAUAUAUUCUUUACCACAGCUCUAUUGUACCUUAACACCAACAUGUUCUAGCCUAUCAAGUAGAAUAGUGUGGUCAAUGGUGACAAAAGCUGUACUUAAAAUUGACUAACACCAGUGAGACACAACCCUGAUCAGAAGCCAGUAACAGGUCAUUGACCACUUUAACCAGUGCUGUCUCUGUGCUAUGAUGAGGUCUAAAUCCUGACUGAUACAUUUCAUGAAUUUUCUUCCUAUGUAAGUAUGAACAUAACUGCUGUGCUACUGCCUUUUCUAGGAUCUUGGAGAUAAAGGGCAGGUUUGAUAUUGGUCUGUAGUUAGCCAGCUAACAGGGGUCGAGGUCCGUUUUUUUUAAUCAGGGCUUUGAUAACUGCUAGCUUAAAAGAUUUACAAACAUAGCCAAUGCUAGGGAAGAAUAUAUAAUCUUUAGCUACUGGUAAUAUCUGUUUAAAGAAAGACGUGGGUAAAGAAUCUAGAAUGCAGGUUGGAAGUUUUGAAGAGGAAAUUAAUGAAAUUAGAUCAGGCUCUUGAAGGGAAGUAAAGCAUUCUAAGCUCUGAUCAGAAGUAAUUUAAUUAUCUAAAGGAUUAUCUAUCAAAUAAUUUGGUUUUAAAUUAAUAGUCUGAAUUUUUUUUGCCUGAUAUAAAUUUUUUCAUUGAAAAAAUUAAUGAAGUAAUUGCUGCUGCAUAUAGAUGGUGUGUGCUUUUCCACUGUGGUUUUACUCCUAGUUAGUUUUGCUACAGUACUAAAUAAAAAUUUAGGAUUGUUUUUGUUAUUUUUGAUUAGGGCAGAGAAAUAUGCUGAUCUAGCAGUCAGAAGAAAAUUUUUGUAGCUCAGAAGGCUUUCCUUCCACGCUAACCGAAAUACUGCCAAUUUAGUUUGACGCCAUUUAUGUUCUAGUUUCCUAGCUGAUUGCUUUAAAGCUCAUGUGUCGUCAUUGUACCAGGUUGCUAGUUUCUUCCCUUUAAUUAUUUUCCUUUUAAGUGGAGUUACAGUGUCUAGGGUGUUGCAAAACACUCCAGGUAAUAAGUCACCUGUUCUGUGGGAUCAGAUGGCGAACCAAUCAUGCAUGAUAAUUCUAGGAGACUAUUGGUAAAUCUCUCUGCAGUAGCAGAUAUAAAUGUACGCUUAAUAUGGUAAUGUGGCAAAUUGUGCAUCUUGUGUCCAAGAUGCAUUUUAAAUGAAACAAGAUUAAACAUGAACAAGAUGAAACAUACUGUAGCUUCCGACUAUCUCAGAUCACUAUCUUGUUUCAUUUAAAACACAGGUCAUGUUUCUGAAGGAAUGGUUCCUAGAAAUGUCUUCUGUACAAACUAAUGUUUCUCAUGGCUAGACGUUGAUUUUUGUGCGAGUGUGAGUAUGUAUGUAUGUGUGUGUGUGUGUGUGUGUGUGCAUGAGCUGUGUGUGUGUUUGUGUGUGUGCAUGUGCAUGAGCACACAUGUACUACAGACAUGCAUUCAAAUAGAUACAGAAUGGCAAACUAGUUAUUGUCAGACUUGGCUGCAUUCAGUAUUCUUAUUCAAUAUCUGCCUUAUUUAUGUGUUUGUUUGUUUAUUACUUUAUUUUCUGGAGCAAAAAAAAAUGCAUCAUGUGUAAUAUAAAAAACUACAUUCAUGGCUUCUCCCUUAAAUGUAUCAUAAUAUAUUAUAUAAAAUGAAAAGAGCGAGAGAGCAAAUGAGCAGAAAGGUGAUAACAGGAGCACAAUUCACACAUAUUCACACCUAAAAGCAAUUUAGAGUGAUCAGUUCAUCGACCAGGAUGUUUUUUGGAGGUAAGGGAAAUCAGAGAAUUAAGAGGCACCCAUUUGUACACAGAGAGAACAAAAUUCCGAAAGACAGAAACCUGAACUUACAACCAAACCAUAGACUCUGGAACUGUCAGGUGGAAUUACAUUAUUACACAUUACAAACA